AUGACUGAAGAGAUGCUUGUUCCUGAUGGAUUGAGAUUUGCAAGAUUAACUGCUGCAUCUCUUGCAAUUCUUAAUGAUACAGGUAACUUUAUGGCUGAUUGGAAGAAAGCCCAACCACUCGUUUGGGGUGAUAUGGAAUCGAUUGAUUCAAAUCUAAUUGAUGAUUUUGCAACAAAAGAUCCACAACAAUAUCCUGAAUAUUAUAAUGCUGACGUUCCAGUUUCUAAUGACAAAUUCUAUGCCGGCUUUAAUUUCAAAUAUUUCGGAUCCACAUCAACAAUGCAAACUCCAUAUUGUCCAAAUCCAGAUGUGAGAUAUUGCGACAAGCCUGAGUUCUAUAACAAGCAAGGAAAAAGUGUUAUUGGAUCCAGUGAAUCGUUUGGAUAUAUUCCAUUUGUUAAUCCAAACUACACAUGCCCAUCUUCUACAGCGACACUUCCGACAACUGAACCUAAUGAAAAUACUUUAUGCGGAGAAUACAAUUGCGAAAGUUACCAGAAAUUCACAAUUAAAGUGAAUAAAGAUACUUCAGGAAAAGACUGGGAAGAAGUAACUUGCACAUCAAGCAACAUUAAUCAGGUUUUCAAUAUUCAUAUAAAUGGAAAAAUCCAAAGGAAAGUCAAAUGCGUUAAUCCAGAAAGAUUCUGCCGUUCAGUUAUUCUAAGCGAAAUGAUGCUUCGUAAAAAUCCAAUGGAUAAAAAUUCAUGGCAGUUAAGUGACAUUGGUCCCAAACAAUUUGAUAGUAAUGUUCGCAAAUCAAUCAGAAAAGAUAUCAAAACAAAUGAAGAUGAAGCUUUGAAUGAACAAAGAUGGGGUAAUGUUGAAGCAUGGUUCAGGAAGAAUAAAAUUGGAUUUGCAAUAGGAUGUGGCAUCUUUGUUGUUGCUAUUAUCAUCGUUGUAGUCGGAAUUUUAGCAUACAAGAGACUUCAUCCCAAGGAGGAAAACAAUGAAGACAAUGAAAAUAAGGAAAUGUCUUCCGAAUAUUCAGAUCAAACACCAGUUGCUUAA